AUGAUUUCAUCAUCAACGAAUUCGUGUUUUGGAAUCGUUUCUAAUUCCUCACCAACUUUAAUUCCAAAAGGUGAUGAAUUGUGUUUUACAUCAUCAACGAUUUUGGAAUCUUGUUUUACUAAUUUCAUCGUCAGUGAUUUGGAAUUGUGUUUUACUGUUUUACUGGGAGUUGUUGUGAAGCUGAUGGAGAAAUCAAGGUUAGUGUUGAAGUUCAUAUGGAUGGAGAAAAACAUUGGUCUUGCACUAGACCAAGUAAUUCCAGUAUAUGAGAGUUUUCCAUUAAGUCCUUACUAUUUUUUGCCGAGGGAAGAUACUUGGGAAGAGCUUAAAGUGAUGCUCGAGAGUAAACCAUGGAUUUCUUAA